AUGUGCCAGGUUGAUGAAGAAUACAAUGGACAGCUAGAACACAGAGUGACCCCACGGUAAACUAUUUGCCCAUUUAACAGCUAGAUUACCCAGUUGCUUUAGCUGCAGUCAAGCUAAUGUCCACGUGUAACUGAGUUCAGCUCGCUAGCUAACGUUUAGUUUAGCUACUUAUAAUUUUAUCUGCUGUAGCAACUGCUUCCAUCCACUCACAAUACAUUUUUGAUCGCAGGGUCUCCAAGAAAUGUGUCAAAUGCAAAGAAAAUACAGCUGUAUUGAUCAUCCGAGCUGGAGAUGCCUUUUGCAGGUAACGUUAAUUGAACAGCGUUUUGUAAUUAAACAGGAGAGGGUUGUCAUCGCAAACUAGAUGUAUUUGUCUCAAGAACUGACCCCACAGAAUUUACAGCAAAAAUUAGAAAGUGGUAAUUUAUACUUAGUUGUGCAUUUUUUGCUAUCAUUGUCAGCACAUAUGCUCUUUGUAGUUAAUAAUGAAAAGUAAUGUAUUUAUUUGGGUAUGUCUUCUGGCCAGGGGCUGCUUCAAGGAGUACUUCAUACACAAGUUCCGGGCCAUGCUGGGAAAGAACCGGGUCAUAUUCCCUGGAGAGAAGGUAUUGAAUAUCCAUCUAUAGCAUUUUUGUAAGGUCUUACAUAAAUCAAACAACUGAAUUGGCAUUGUUUCUCUGUUGUAGGUUCUUCUUGCAGUGUCUGGAGGGCCAGCCUCUAGCUCCAUGCUGUCACAGGUUCAAGAGGUAGUUGGGUCAAUGUUUUUCUAGAUGUGUAGUCACACUGUAUGUUGCAAUUACUGAAAUAUCACAGGGAUGACAUUUUAGAUGUAACACAUUGACAGUUUCUUCAAAUUAUUAAGGGUUUCAAACUGUCUUUGUUUUGUUUUUCUGAAUGAAAAUGAACCUUUUUCCUCUCUCAGGGUUUGAGUCGAGACGCACCGAAGAAGUUGAGAUUUGUCCCCGGAAUUAUCUACAUAGAUGGUAAUGCACAGAUGAUCAUCGCUGCUCUUUGGCGCAAAAAAAGUUUUUUUUUGUCAAAUAACAGCUUGUUCUGGCCCAUUAGACUUGCUCAUGUGUGAUGAUUGUCUAUUGCUGUGUCUUGACAGAGGGCGGUGCCUGUGGUCAAAGCAUGGAAGAGCGGGAGAGGGCAGUGGCUCAACUGGAGUCUGUUUUCAGAGGCCACUAAUUACCAUUACCACAUAGUCCACCUGGAGCAGGUGAGCUGGGUCAGAAAAAUGUUGUUUGUAAUUCUUUCUGGGAUGUGAGACUGAGGUUUGAUCAUUGGAAUUAAAUAUGUAUUAUAGCUUGUCACUGUUUAGAAUAUAUGGUUGCAUCAUCUACUCUUACAGUUGCAUCAUCAUGUCUAUUGUCUUUUGCUUUCCAUGGUGUUUCAGGUACUCAGUCUCCCCAGCUCAGUGCUAGAGGCAGGAUCCUCGGCCACAGAAAAACCUCAGACUGGGUCGAGUUAUAAAGCUGCUGUGGACCAAUUCAUCCAUACCAGGAAGAACCAGAACCAGCACCCAGACCUCUCUGUGGAGAAUACCCAGAGUCACCUGUCCAGUCAGAGCAUGCAGGAGGUCCAGAAUGGAAUAACCAGCCCCAUCACCCCUGAACACAGCCAAGCCCUUCAGAGACUGUUUGCCUCUGUGAGAACACUGACAGCCAAAGAGGAUUUGCUACAUACACUGAGGUGAGAGAUUAGACUGUAUCUCCGAGACAUGCCAUUCAAUUAUCAGAGCAUAUGGGGGAUGAAAAUGUCUGAAAUGCUUCUGAAGGUCUAGUUUGUGUAAAGGCCAUUUGACUAAUGAGGUGUAAUGCGUUGCUUUGUCCAGGCAGCACCUGAUUCUCCACACAGCGAGGACGCAGGGCUACACCAAGGUGAUGAUGGGGGACAGCUGCUCCCGCCUGGCCAUCAAACUGCUCAGCAACAUCUCUCUGGGGCGAGGGGCAUCGCUGGCCACGGACACGGUGAGGAAAAAGACCCACCUCUUUCAGCUCAGUGGAAUAGUGAACAUUAUGUUUAUGCCCUUCUAUCGCAAUAUUUAAAGUACCGUUCGUAGCAUCACUGCAGCAUUAGCCCACAUAGGCACACAUUGUGUAUUGAGCUCUGACAGCAGCAGCUGUGUCAUUUAGAAAUGUUGCUGUGUUCACAGGGCUUCUCAGAUCCUCGCUACGGAGACGUGGUCAUUGUCAGACCCAUGAGGGACUACUCCUCUAAAGAAAUAGCAUAUUACAACAGAAUGUUUGACAUCCCCUCAGUCUUCAUCCCUGGCCUGGACACUAAGGUGAGUCGGCUGUGCUCUGAUUACUAUCAUUGUUAUGUAGUGUGGCGCUGUGUGCCAAGUCAGUAUUUUCAAGUUUUCUUCCUUCACCGCCUCUUCCAGGCACAAGACAAGGCCAGCAUCCAGCGCCUGACAGAGAGCUUUGUCACCAAACUCCAGACUGACUUCCCCUCUACUGUCAGCACAAUCUACAGGUGAGGAUGGGUAGCACAAGGAGGCACACUAGGAACCACUUGUAAGAAUGACUUCUAUAUGGUGCAGUAUUUGUAAAGAAAAUAGUGGUUGAAGGGGGAUUUUGUUAAAAGGAUACUAUAUCAAUCUUAAAUUAGCCUGUUAUGUAUCUAGACUAGUGUUAAGAUAUCUGUUGAUAAUGUCUUUUUGAGGAUUUUGGUAAUGAACACCUGUGUUGAUGGUUGUCCUCCAGGACCAGUGAGAAGCUCCACACAGCAUGUCCCUCAAAGAACACCAACACACAACCCUCUGUUAAGUGCCUACUGUGUGUCUGUGCCUUGGACACUAAACUAGGUGAGUCACACUGCCAAUGUACUGUACUCACUAAAUAAAAAUACGGCAUUUUGUACUGAAAGUAGUUUUUUUUGUUUUUCGUAGUCACAGAAAUAUCUCAUCUCUACCUCUCUCUCUCUGCCUCCCCCUGUUCUGUAGAGGAAUUCUCUGCCUACCAGGCCACACUGAUCUCAGAGCAGCUGUCUCAGAGGCGGGGCCCAGGCCCUGGGUUCACCCCUGGUACAGCAGCAGCUCCAGGGCCGCCUCCAGCCUCCUCGGCAGGCCAGGGCCAGUGCUGCUCCACUGGAGGGGGCCAGAGUCAGGGCUGUGGGACUGGAGAGGGGGGCUGCUGCUCCUCUGCUAAGUCAGUAGGCAUUUAUGUCUCCAAUGUUUGCAUUACAGUACAGCUGGAUUGUGUACACUGAGUGUACAAAACAUUAAGAACACCUUCCUAAUAUUGAGUUGCAGCCACACCCCUUUUGCCCUCAGAACAAUUCGUCGGGGCAUGGACUCUACAAGGUGUUGAAAGCUUUCCACAGGGAUGCUGGCCCAUGUUGACUCCAAUGCUUCCCACUGUUGGCAAGUUGGCUGGAUGUCCUUUGGGUGGUGGACCAUUCUUGAUACACACGGGAAUCUGUUGAGCGUGGAAAAACCCAUCAGCGUUGCAGAUCGACACAAACCGGUGCGCCUGUCACCUACUACCAUACCCCGUUCCAAGGCACUUCAAUAUUUUGUCUUGCCCAUUCACCGUCUGAAUGGCACACAUACACAACCCAUGUCUCAAUUGUCUCAAGGCUUAAAAAUCUUUAACCUGUCUCCUCCCCUUAAUCUACACGGAUUUAAGUGGAUUUAAGAAGUGACAUCAAUAAGGGGUCAUAGCUUUCACCUGGAUUCACCUGGUCAGUCAGUCAUGGAAAGAGAAGUUGUUCUUAAUCUUUUGUACACUCAGUGUAUAUUCACACGUUUACAUUUAGGGUGAAGUGCCAAGCAACUUGAGGUUGCUUGUACAAUAAGAGGCUGUGUUUAUUUUGCGAUGUUGAUGCUAUUGAAUUAAUACAAUACUGUGUGUUCUUUCAGGGAACCAGAGAUAGUGGAUCUUAAAAGCCUGUUGUGUUACAGUUGUAGACUGACCAUCAAAGACAUGGUAAGUGAAAGGACAUCUAUCACUUCACAUUACUCCUAAACAUCAACAAGAUCAUCUUUACAAAGACUACAGCAGGACAAUGUCCAAUGUGAACAAUUGCCUUUGUUUAACCAUGGCCUUUCUCUGUUCUACAGACUGCAGAAGAUGCCCUUCCCCAGUACAUACUGUCAGAGGCUGAGAGGAGGAAGAGAAGGUGAGAUUUACACUACAUUCUUUACUCAAAAACAGGAAAUACUUGUGAAAUAGGUAUUUUAAUUUGCCCAUAAUGGCUGCACAGAAUAUUGAGUUAUUACCAGUAGAAUUGCACUUAGCAUAUCCUUAUAUUUACCUUGUUACUCCUCUUUAUGGACUUGUCUAGGUCUCAGAUGAGGGAGGAGAUCAGUGAGUUCCUGCUAGAUGAGGAAGAAGAUGAAGCCAUCCUGAGGGUCAAUGGGUCCUUGUGA